UUUUCUCUUUUUUCUUCUGAUCUCUCUCUCUCUCUCUCUCUCUCCUUCUUUCUUUCUCUCCUAAAGUUAGAUCCCUGCCAACCUCUAUGACAAAUAUUCCACCAACAUUUUUCAUGAAAAUUAGCUAGUCAUCAACUUCUCUUGAAAUCUUUUUUUUUUGGUCAAGUAAUUCCAUUUUUGUAUAGAGAGUGUUUUUUUUUUUUUUCCUUCUCUUUUCUUAGCUCUAAAGUCUCAAAAUAACACACUCAAAAUAAGGUACGUGGGUUGCAUUGCAUCGUUACAUUAAUAAUAUUAUUCUUUCGGGUGCAUCAAGAAAAGAAAAGAUCAUCAUGGAGAUUUCUACUGCGUUGCUUCUCUUAACGGCGAUAACGGUUUACCUACUGUGGUUCACGUUCAUCUCCCGGACCCUGAAGGGCCCACGUGUCUGGCCACUAUUGGGCAGUCUCCCCGGGCUGAUCGAGAACUGCGACCGCAUGCACGACUGGAUCUGCGACAACCUCCGCGCGUGUGGCGGCACGUACCAGACCUGCAUCUGCGCAAUUCCCUUCCUCGCCAAGAAGCAAGGUCUCGUGACCGUCACGUGUGACCCGAAGAACCUGGAGCACAUCCUCAAGAGCCGAUUCGAUAACUACCCAAAGGGACCCACGUGGCAGGCCGUCUUCCAUGAUCUCCUCGGCGAGGGGAUCUUCAACUCUGACGGCGACACGUGGCUGUUCCAGCGUAAGACGGCCGCACUGGAAUUCACCACCCGGACAUUACGCCAGGCCAUGGCUCGCUGGGUCAGCCGAGCCAUCAAGCUCAGAUUCUGCCCCAUUCUCAGAUCAGCCGAAGCCAAAGCCGAUCCUGUCGAUCUCCAGGAUCUGCUUCUUCGGCUCACGUUCGACAACAUCUGUGGCUUGGCUUUCGGUAAAGAUCCUCAGACCUGUGCGCCGGGGCUCCCGGAAAACGGCUUCGCUUCGGCUUUCGACCGAGCCACGGAAGCCUCGCUUCAACGGUUUAUUUUGCCCGAGGUUUUAUGGAAGCUGAAGAAGUGGCUCCGGCUCGGAAUGGAAGUCAGCUUGAGCCGGAGCUUGGAGCACAUCGAGGGGUAUUUAUCCGAUGUCAUCAACGCACGUAAGUUCGAGUUGCUGAGUCAACAAAAAGAUGGGAAUUUACACGACGAUUUGUUAUCAAGAUUCAUGAAGAAGAAAGAGAAUUACUCCGACCAGUUUCUCCAACACGUGGCUCUCAAUUUCAUCCUAGCUGGACGCGACACGUCAUCAGUGGCGCUGAGCUGGUUCUUCUGGCUGGUUAUGCAGAACCCGUCCGUAGAGGAGAAAAUCCUCCGCGAGAUAUGCUCCGUACUGAUGGAGACACGAGGCGACCAGGAUAUCAUCGCAUGGACGGAGGAGCCUCUGGUGUUCGAGGAAGCCGAUCGGCUGGUCUACCUGAAGGCGGCGCUGUCGGAGACUCUCCGGCUGUAUCCGUCGGUGCCGGAGGAUUCGAAGCACGUGGUGAACGACGACGUACUGCCGGACGGGACUUUCGUCCCUGCCGGAUCGUCGGUGACGUACUCCAUAUACUCGACGGGGAGAAUGCGGUCGACUUGGGGGGAGGAUUGUAUGGAAUUCAAGCCGGAGCGGUGGCUGUCGCCGGACGGGAAGAAAUUCUUGGCUCAGGAGUACUCGUACAAGUACGUGGCGUUUAAUGCCGGGCCGAGGAUUUGCCUCGGGAAGGACUUGGCGUAUCUCCAGAUGAGGUCGAUCGCGGCGGCGGUUCUGCUGCGACACCGUUUGACGGUGGUGCCGGGGCACCGGGUGGAGCAGAAAAUGUCGGUGACGCUCUUUAUGAAGUACGGGCUUAGGGUUUACUUGCAACCUAGGGAUUUGGAGGGAAUCGUGGUGGGUCUGAAACGGGAGAGGAGUGACGAGACGACGGCGUUUCGUGGCACAGUUAAGUGUAACGGAGCAUGUAACGGUAACGGAGUUGGCGGCGUUGAGGAGAAAAAGAUGGUAGUCUAGUUGGCGUUGCUUAAAUUUGUCUUGAUGGCCAUUUCAGAAAAAAAAAAAAAAAAAAAAAAAAAA